UUGACGGACGGACCCGGAAGUGCUCAGGGUGACAUUUCACUAGCCGGAGCACCGCAUGAGCAUGUUUCAGAUGCUAUUCAGGAUAGACGGGAUCUACGUUGGGUGACAUUUAUUCAUAUAUCUUUUAAGUUCACGCACCCAUAAUGACGACUUUUUGUUGCAAGUUUCUGAGACUACCAGAUUCACUACUGAAGGGAUCUAAUAUUUUCUAUCGGUCCAUAAUAACACCAGAAAGUUCGCUGGGUCUGCAGUUUGUACGGACCCUCAGAAGUGCCACUUGGUGGGAUGAGCAUCUGUCGAAGGAGAACACGGAGUUUAUGAGGAAGGAUGUUGCUGAGGAGUAUGACAGCCUGACAGCCAGCAGGCUGUACCCACUCAAAGACGACCCAUGGCCCAGGCACAAGUGGGAGCCAGGAAGCCGCCGGGUAGGACUGGUGGCGCUGAAGCUGGGGAUGAUGCCAGUGUGGACCAAGCAGGGGGAGCGGCAUCCGGUCACCUUGCUGCAGGUACAGGACUGUCAUGUGGUGCGCUACCUCUCCAGAGAAGAACAUAACGGGAAGAGUGCAGCCCUCAUAGUAGGAGCCAGAAACGUGUCUCCAUUUUACAGGACAGAGAAGCAGAUGGCGAUGUUUCGGAGUGUCGGCCUGCCCCCAAAGCAGAAACUCACGGUGUUCAGCGUCACAGACAAUGCCAUCGUCAAGCCAGGCACUCCGCUCCAUGCCGCCCACUUCAGGCCAGGACAGUAUGUCGACAUCACAGCCAAAACAAUCGGCAAAGGCUUCCAGGGGGUGAUGAAGAGGUGGGGCUUCGGGGGGCAGCCCGCAUCACACGGACAGACAAAGACGCACCGGAGGCCAGGCGCCUCAGGGCCGGGUGGGGAUCCGGCUAAAGUCUUCAAAGGCAAGAAGAUGCCCGGGCAAAUGGGGAAUGUCUACAGAACUUCCUUCGGCUUAAAGGUGUGGCGAGUCAACACCAAGUACAACAUCCUCUACGUGCACGGCUCUGUUCCCGGACACCGCAGCUGCUUGGUGAAGGUGAGGGACACCAACCUGCCCACCCGGCUGGAGAACAAUCAGAAUCCACCGUUCCCCACCUUCUUCUCCGAGGAUGAAGAGCAGCUUCCGGAAGACCUCUACGAUGACGAUAUCUUCCAGUUUGACGAGGAGUCCAUUAAACUGGCAUAAGGGGAGGGCGGGUGGGGGUGGGCAGCUGCCCUUGUCAUCACCAUGGCGACCAGUCCGUGAUGAGAGACACUGGGGAACACGCCAAAUACAGGAUGUCUGAGUGGACCCACAAUUCUCUAAGCUGGAAGCCGCCACUUAACAUGGACUCGAGAAGCAGAAUUCCCCUUUUUCAGCGCAUUUGUGCCUGUCACAGCUUAUCUGUACACCUGGUGUCUUCAUUCCUGCUCGUAACUGAUCAUCCAGUAUGUUGAGGUUCUGUCAGUUCUGUUUUAUCUGUGAUAAAAGUCAAACAUGGA